AUUAUUUUUUUUGCUCCUGCAGGAGAGAGAAUGGUGAAGUUUUUAAAGUUUGUAUAUGUAUAUAUAAUACGCCGAUGCGGUAAAGACUAUAGGGUUAUGUGAAUUUUCUCCUUGUAUUUGCCACGAUUUGCGUGAAAAAUUGUUCGCGGCUUUAAUUAUUAAUAAAAAAAGCCGCGAUAAAAAUGUUUAUUUUUGACGUUCUACGAAAGGACAAAGUAUACCAAAUUAUUGUUAGUGAUCUACGAAGAUUUGGUGUCAAGUAUCGCCAUAAGAAGAAUGCUGCAGUGAAAUUGGAUAAACCGGAAAGAAAUGGCAAUCUUCCACAGAAGAUCUUCAAAGUACAUUUAACAUGUUUACCAUUGGACCUCGUGAAUUUAUCAUCGGGUGCGAUGGUUCAUAUUCCAAUAUUCGUCAUAAAGGCGACGGCCUAUCUUUUGAAUUACAUCGAUUUAGAGGGAAUAUUCAGAAAGGCUGGCUCGAAAAUACGCCAGAGGGAAAUAUUAUCUCGACUUGAUAAUGGUGGAACUUUAGCGGAAAGAGAUCAUGGAAUUGACAUUGCAAAUUGCUUGAAGACCUUCUUCCGGGAGCAGCCGGAGCCACUGAUACCAUUUUAUUAUCACGAUUUAUUUGUUCGUUGUGUUGUAUUGAAAAAAAAUCGUGUCGAGGCAUUACUCAUGGCUUGUCUAUUGUUGCCGCCAAUUCAUCUCAAUACAUUGGCCUUUCUCAUGGAAUUUUUGAAAAAAGUCGCAUCAUACGAACAACUCAAUAGAAUGAGUAUUGUUAAUUUAGCCACUGUUGUUGGACCGAACAUUAUGCCGGUAAAGGAAGCGACCAUGGGUGCUAUUCAAAGUCGAUUAGAAACACAUAAUUUAGUAAUUCAGCUAUUGAUUGAGAAUGCUGAAAAAAUUGGUGUUCUACCCGAUAAUGUCACGGAGAUAAUUUCCGCUGAUUGUGAAAUUGGUAGUACGGAAAACGAGCUUGAACGAUCCGAUAACAAUUUAACAAAAAGUAAAAAGAAAAAACAUCGAAGCGGAAGCUUCACACGUAAGCCCCAUCUAAGUGCCUCGAACCUCAAUUUAAGAAUGUUGAGUGGAUUAAAGAAAAUGGUGGGAAAAACUUCUCCCCACGAUGGUGAACCAGUUUGUGAAGGAUCAAAUUCGGUUUUUUUAUACACUCCUUCCCUGAGAAUAGGGAAAAGACGCAAAGUGGAAGCAGUAAAUGAUGAAAUAAAUCUAAAGAAAGAAAAUGAUUUAUUGGAAGUCAUGCCUGAAAGACUUCCCCUUCGCUCACGUUUCUCGUUACACUCCCCAGUUAAUAAUCAUCCAAACCCUAUAAAAGAUGGAACGCCAGUUCAUAUGUCUAGAGUGGAUAAAUUUAUAUCCAGUAAAGUUCCUACAGGAAUGAAACCAAUAAAUAAGACGGAGAAGACAAAAAAAAUAAGACUUAGUUUCGAUCGAUUUGUAUCACGAAGUAGACAAAAAAUAUCAGAAGUGGAUACUGUGAUAAACAAAGAGAAACCACUAACACGAAGAAGAAGUUGGAGUAUCACUGGUCGACCAUCGUCCGAGUCAAAGAAGAAACGUCGAAGCGAUUGUUCAACGCCUCGUUCGCUUUCUCGCGAGACAAAAAUGGCAAAAUUAAAUACCGAGAAGGAUUACGAUGAAAUAUUUAUGGACGCGAAUAUUAAUUUAUCGGACAUUAGUGGCGAGCAGGUCUCGCGUGAUAAAUGUAAAUCAACGCGAAAUAUCGUCACAAGAGCAAGUACAUCCGACAUUCCAAAUAAAUUAUCCAAAGACAAUUCUAUUUUACAUUCGACAAAUACCAGCGAUUAUGUUUCCAAUAAUGAAUCAUCACUUCACGAUUCAUACACGACUGAAUUAACAAAUGAUGAUAAAAAUAAGGAAUACGUGAAAGUACCAAAGAGCGAAUAUCUUGAUAUCAAGAAACGUGUCUCGGCAAUCGAAACGCAAAUCUCACAGGAAUUUGGUUCGUUCGCCAAGGAAUCAAUACACAAUUUACGUCGUAGGAAUUCCGUCGAUAAAGUGCAAACUGAAUAUGAAAAAACAUUAGAACAAUCGGAUAUUGGAAGUACAAUGAACGCGGAUCAACUUGCAAAGCGACUUGGCAAGGAAUUGAAAAUUAGAAGGUCCAGUGAACACAAAAUUAUUCGUUCUCCGAGUGCGAGAAAAAUUGGCAUUCUCAGACGACGAUCACAGGAAAAACCAGUCAGUAAACGAGUAAAACGUACAUCCUCGUGGCACGUUUCUGACAGAACUGAUUCAAUUUGCCCGCGACGAUCGACGCUAAAAUUAAACACAUUUUACUCUCAAAACGAUAAUAAUCAAACUGUAAAUAAACAAGAUCAGGUGAAAUCAAAUAAUUUAGGAGUUGAAAAUCUUGGAACGGAAGCAUUUUGCAGUGAAGAGACAAACAAAAGACUGAAUUAUUUACAAGAUCAAUUACUUACUUUAAUUGAUCACACUAAUAAACAUACAAAAGGCUCUCUUAGUGAUGAAGAAUUUAGUUCAAAUGAUAAUACCCAUUUUAAUGGGAAUGGAAAUAAAUUAAAUCUGGGCGCAAAAGUGAGAAGAAUCUCUUCAUUUCACGGCAAUGAAUUCGUCGAUAAUUCACAGUAUUUCAAUCAAAUGGUAAAGGAUUUGAAAAAAGGGAAUAAUCCACAUGUUGUUGAUGUCACGCCAAUGAAGGUUGAACACGCGGAUAAACGGGAUAAGGUUAUGUCCUGGAAAGAUGCCGAAAAGUACUUCAAAUCCGAAGGACAAACAACGACUCCAGUUCCAGUGACAGGUCGCGCAUCAGUCGCGAAAUUACGAACGCAAAAUGCUGGUAUGGUUUUGGCGAAGGCAAAAUUGUUUGACGAUACAAAACGAACGCCAAUUCAAGCCGAAGUUUCGAAUGAACGAAGAAUUUCCCAUUAUCAACAACAACAACAACAUAAUCUUAAUCAUCAUCCUCAUCAAGGACGUGAGACAAGACGACAAUCAAUGCGUCCAAAGGAAAUGAAAACUCAUAUUCACGAAAGUACCGAAAGUCCACGACGUGUUGCUCUUCGUCGUAAAAAAAGUGUCAGUCCCAAAAAUCCCAGUGCCAAAGUGCGAAUAACAAAAUCGCCAAAUUCCAUUAAAAUGGAAUUAACACUCGUUCAAUCAUCGCACGAUUCAACAGCACAUCAUCGAAAGUGUUCAAAUACAAAACGCACGUUAAACUAUCAAAAGGAAAAUCAUUCAUCGCCAAUAAAUACACCAUCACGAAAUGAAACGAAAAUUAAUCACGAAUCAAGUGUCAAUGUUGAUAAUACAAUUUACAAGACGCCGUUAAUUAAAAAACCAUUGUCUGUUGUUCGCACGCCAAAAAGUGGAAAACCAUUAACACGAAGGCCAGCAAUUGAUGUCAAGCGAACACCAUUGAAGGCAAUCGGUCCACUUGCCACUCCAAAACGACAGAGUCCAAGGAGUAUUUUGAAAACGUCGCAUUUAUCAACCCGACGUUUCAGUUAAAAAAAAAAACUUGUUUUUCUAUUGUACAGAUUCUCUUAAGAAACAAAAAACGUUUCAGUGUGAUUUUUUUUAUAGUAUAUUUUUUUAUAUAUUAAUAUUUAAAAAAAAAUUUCCAAGCGAUAAAAAGACAAUAUUGUGGAAAAAUUAACUUCUUUUUAGAAAAAUACAAAUUCCUUUCCUUUGAUGAGGAAAAAGAAAAUCAAAAUAUUCUCAAAUCUCAAAUAAUUAAAUUAAUUUAUAAUUUUUGAUCGAAUAUUUUCAUUCGUAGCAAUUGAAUAUAUUUUCAUUCUCCAAGAUGUCAAUUUUGAUAGUAUUUACAUUUUUUUUUUAUUUUUGUUUUUCUUUGUAUAUUUUUUUUCGGGGGGGAGUGAGAAAAAAGAUCUUGAAAUCGUAAAUUAUUCUUAUUUUUUCAUAUAAGAAAAGAAUUUUUUUUUUUCCUUAAAAAAGAGAAUGAAAAAAAUUGGUUUAUGUGAAAAUCGAAGAGUUUUCAUUAGGACUAGAAAAAUGUAAACUUGAAUUAUUCUGAAUUUAGUGUCUAAUUAAAAGAAUAAUCGUGCGUCUAUUAAAAAGUGACAUUUAUUUUUGUCAAAUUUCCAUCACAAAUUAUUAUGAUAUUAAAAUACAUGUGUUAUUGUACUUUUAUAAUAGAACAAUAAAUCGUGUAAUAUAUAAUA